AAAUUCGGACUAAAAUGGAUCAAGUGGCAACUAUAGACCAGUUCAUCCUGACCGUGACUAAUGAAGAUGUCGAGACUCCUAAUAUUGAGUACCAGAUGGAGAUUGCCUCUCGGUUUAAAGAGAACAGAAAAGACCUUGUCAUUGGCAUGAAAGUACUUGAAAUCAUAAUGAAAAAGGGCAAGAUGAAGGAAAAGUAUCAUUGCCUCUGUCUUAUUGAAAUUAUAUCCAAGAACAGUAGCAUAAAAGUCCACGAGGAAUUGUGCAAGAAGAAGUUAAUCGAUACUUUCAUGACGCUUCUUAAAAAGAGGAGAGGCAAAGCAGGCAUUCUGUCAAUUAAGAGUAGAAAGGCGAAGGAUAGAUAUUAUAAAGAAAAAUCAGAGGAGAAAUGCCUUUACUUAAUCCAACUUUGGGCUGACACUUUCAUGAUGUAUCAAGACAAGUUUAAAGGUGUUCACGACGCUUACAGACAACUCAGGAUGGAAUCAGUCGAAUUUCCAGAAAGAGAUCCAAACGAAAGAAUGAUGAUGGAAAAUCUAAAGGGGAUAGACUCCCCCAUGUUUGAUUUUGUGGAACAAAUUUCUGGCAAAGAGAGACCAAAAGAUCUAGAAGAAAUUAGCAAAGAGAAUGAAGAUCCUCAGUAUGUAGAUGUCAUCCCUGAUGAUGGUAUUGAGCCAGAGGUGCAAGCCUUCGAUCCCAAUGAAGACUUCAGCAAGUAUACAAUGGACUCUUACGACCGUACUGAAUUCGAAGUUGCUAAGUCAACUCUGAUGAUUCUUGAGGAUAUGAGCAACAAUGCAGAGUAUAUUACUGAUCUGAGGACGGAUAUUGUACAUGAUAUUUAUACCACCUGUAGAGUUUCAAGAGCUAGGAUUGCUAAGAUAAUAGAGGUCCGAUCAUUUGCUAAUAAACUCAAUGACUUGGAAUCUUUGCUUGAAGUUCUCGAUUUUAUUGACAAGAAAAUUGAACUUUUUAGAUCAAAGUAUCAGAAAUUGAAAGAAAAAGAAAAGAAAGAUAAAAAGAAGAUAAAAGAAGAGAGGGAAAAACAGCCAGACCCACAGGAGUCACAUGACAAAAAUGAAUCAUAUGAAGACUUUGAUAAAUAUCAAGAAGAAUCUGAGGAAGAAAAGCAAGAAAUUGGAGGUAUCGAUCUGCUAGGUCUUGGACUAGAAGAUUCCCCUGAUAAACAACCAGAACAAGAACAGAACUCUAAGAAGAAAAAGAAACCCAAAAAAUCAAAGAAGAGCAAAACAAUCAGAAAAAGAAAUAAGGAAUCUGACGAAGAUGAUGCUAAGGAAGAGGAUAAAAACCAUGGAGGUGAUAACCAAGAUGAGGAUGAAAAUGAUGAGCCUAAAGAGAUCAAGAAAUUAAUGGCUCCUCCAUCUGGAGCUAGAAAACUGAUCAACCACCCAGCUCCUAAAAAAGAGGAAAAGGAAGAAGACAAUGGAAUAGCAGACCUUCUGGAAUUUUAAUCAUAUAAUUAUUUUCAAGCCAAA